CGCGACUGCGGCCUGGCGAGCCGUGACGGGGCCUCAGCGUGAGGGAAGUUCAUAGAAUCACAGAAUCCCAGUUUACAGGUGAUGAAACGCUGCCACACAUCUUCCAGUAAAAUGGGCGAGACCACUGGUGGAUCAGCAAAAAAGUCUAAAUCACAAAAUCAACAAGGGCCUUCCAGCCAAAAAAAGAGAACAGAGAGAGAAGGAAGAAAACAAGAUCAAAAAAGAAAGCACAUCACUCAGACAGUCAAAAGAAAAGCUAAGGAACAUGGGGACUAUUCCCCUGCAGAAGAAAAAGGUUAUUCAAAAAAGGUGAAGCUAACCAGUGCUAAAACAGGAUCUUGGCAGACACUCUCAGAGACCAGUAGGCAGUUUCUGGAAACUGUAAUGGAUUCCUUAAUACUAUCUGUUUUGUGCCAACAAGGUGAAAGGAAAGAUGAUGUUCAGAAGCACCUCAAUUUACUGAGAGAAAAGGUGCUGAGAUUUUUCAAGACUUUAAAGGUGCCUCCAGGGAUGCUGGGCAACCUGAAAAACAUCCCAAGCCUUCAAAUGGCAGAGAAACAAAUGUUUGAGGCAAGCAAAGAGUCUUUGGUACAAUUGCAGGAAGAAAUAAAAGAAGCUGAGCAAUCAGCAGAACGCACUGAAGAAGCUAUGCUACAACUACAGCACAAAAUUCAGGUGCUCAGGAACCAGUUAGAGGAAGAUGAAAAAAAGGCCAGGAAGGUAUUCCAGGAAAAUGGCAGAGGUGAACUCUACCUUCCAGAACUCCCCAAGCACAGUUUACAGACACCCACUUUGCAGGAAGAAAUGCUGAAGAUGGAAAAUCAGAAUGGUCUUUUACAGGAUAUGAACAUUAUUCAGCAGUCAGCUGACUUGAAGAACAUGUUAACCCUCAUUGAAAAGACCUAUGAGAAGGUGGACUGCCUUUGAGAAACUGAAAUAUGUGGAGUCUUCUUUGAGGAAGAUAACCUAGGGCAGCACUCUGUUAAUGUAGAGUGACAGGAUGCUGAUCACGGAAACAGUGUUUUCUUCCUAAUAGCUUUACUGUUGAGACUGCUGAAUUUCUGUUAAAACAUUUUCUAUGGAUAUUGGUAUAUAAAUCUGUAGAUGCAUUCUGGGAUUCUAGUGAUUUUAGUGGUCAGUUGAGGAUUUUUGUUUUUCUGGGCUUCUGACAACUUCUAAUGAUGAUAUAUACUAUCUUAGGAGAAGGGAGGGAAAUGGAUCCUAGGUUUAUUUGGGCAUUUUUAUAGAAUAAGACAACCUAUUCCACUAUAUUUUGACUUUUAUAUCAUAUUAAUAAAUCGGUGAAGGCAGGAUCUUUUGACAAACUAAUUUUUGUUUUGGAGUUAAAUUGCUUUUAAACCUGAAACACAUAUAAAAAGAUGAUUAUCUAAUGUUCAGUUACAAAUUCCCUGUUCAACUUUCUUACCAUUUUUUAAUAAAAACAUCUGGCAGAAAACUGAAUAAUUUUUAUCAGGUGUACAGGAUUUUCUUUACAUUUUCAUAAUUGCUGCUUAAACCAGGUGUGAAUGUCUUUUUUUUUUUUUUUUUUCUUUUUAUCCAGAUGGUUAGGGAAAGCAGAUAAGAUUGUUAGAGCAAUGCUCUAACCCGAAUUGUGUACUUGCCUUAUAUUUCAUUAACUGUCAGAUAUUCUUCAGCUUCAGAAGAAAAAAAAAAAAAAGUCAAAAAUCUGUUUUCAAUGCACUUUAAUCUCUCCUCUAUUUUGCCAUGAUAGAACUUCUCCCUUAAAAGACUCAGUUACUCAGUGCUUGCUUCAGUCAAAUUAUCUGCUAGGAGACAGCAGUGCUCUUUACAUUGCUUUAUUGUGCAAACACUAUUUUGUUUACAAACUGCUGGUACUCUUAAUGAGACAUGACCUAAUUAUCUCUAUUCUCCUAUGAGAGAUUAAAAACCUCUCUGUAGUUGCUACAUGUAGGAGAAUCAGACUCAGUACUUGCUUGCUUUAUACUGAAUUACAUGAAAAGGUAUAGAAAUAUUUAGAAAUUCUCAAAUUUCUAGGCACUCCGCAAGGGGAGCAUUUACUGACAUAACCACUACCCCAAAGUAAUUUAAUCCAGAUUGUGGGUUAAUGAUUUUCCUGCAUGCCAGCUAUCUUAAUUUUUGUUAAGGAGAGAAAUACUCCUUUUCUUUUAAGGAUGAUCUACAUGCCAGCAAUUUACUAUGUGGGUUUAGAAUUUCAUGAAUCAUAUAGGUACCCUUUUUUUUUUCUUUUUUUUUUUUUUUUUUAAAGUAUGGAGAAAGGUAGUAAGUAGGAGCCAGAGAUUUGAUAUAGCUUCCAUACAAGGAAAGUUGAAAUAGCAGUAACUUAAGAAGGAAAUAAUAAAGUAUUUUAUGAAAGCAUUGAGUAGGGAUUGGUUACUCACUGCUUUUUACAGUGUAGGAAUGAGGGAGUAGGCAAUAAAUUCUUUUAAGUGUAACAGUGCCAGCAGGUUAUGUAAGCUGGAGUGUACAAAUAGGUGUGAAAAAGAAGUAAACAAAUAUAUGAAUUAUGUGUCUAUCAGACAAUUAAAUGGUUUAAACAUGGUUGUGAUACAUUGUUGAUUUACUUUUGAUCACACAUGCUGACUCUGAAAGACAGGGUACUGAAGUAGGAUGGAUUUUUUUCUUAGCUCUUUGCAGCAUUUCUCAUGUUUCCCAACGAAAGCCUGUAUCGUAAGACCUUUUGCAAAUUAUUCCUGUGUGGUCGGCAUCUGGAGUUGAGAUUUAUGGUCUCUUCCCUUCCUUUCAAAUCUAGUUGUUUAAAUCGAUGUGUCAUGCUCAAAACAGUGUUUAAAUGCAAAGAGGAAGCGCUCCUUGGGGGGGUGGUGGUAUAAUGCCUUUUAUAUAUGUUAAAUGCUCUUCCUCUGUUAUUCCUAAACCCAGUUUUGUCUAGUACUGGGUCUUUAUUUCCUGAGCUGAUUGUUGGUGAUGUCUUUGUAGCCAAGGGGUCUCCUAAGCCAAGCCUCUUCUCUUGCCAUCCUCACUGCUUUCCCGUGUCCCAUUGCUGUACCCUGUAGCUGUAUGCUGCACCGUGUCCCCCAUCUCCAUUUCUGAAGGCCUCUGCUAUCAUACUCUGUAUUUCUCUGUAGCGCAUCAUUAUAUUGAUCAUAAAUAUCUCAUUCGCUGUAGAAU